AGAAUUGGAAGUUGUCGCGUUGGGAACUGGGACCAAAUGUCUUGGGCGUUCACUCUUGAGCUCCAACAGUGAUGUCGUCAAUGAUUCCCACGCCGAGAUUAUAGCUUGAAGAUCUUUACUGAGGUUCUUCUAUGCACAGAUUCAGUGUCUUACUCAAGUUUAUAGUAAGCAAAGUGAUAGCAAUGGAAGCACACAAAUGCAAAAUGGUGAUGCCAAAAACUUGCUUUUUGAAUUGGACCCUAAUGGUGAUGGCCAAGGAGAAUACAAACUGAGGAAGGGUUUGCAAUUACACUUGUACAUAUCACAACUACCAUGUGGGGUUGCAUCUCCAAGUUCACUGUUGUCCCCCCCUAAAAACAUGUCACCAACAGAACGGGGUUCAUCUUUGGACGAGCUUAAUGUUUCAAUAAAUGAAGAGGCUCUGCCAAAUACUAAUGGUGAUGUUUCACAACUAAUUGGCUCGGUUCAAAGAAAGCCUGGUCGUGGUGAUACGACUUUAUCAGUUAGUUGCUCUGACAAGAUGGCUCGUUGGAAUGUAGUUGGAGUUCAAGGAGCUCUGCUUUCAUUCUUUCUGCAACCUGUUUACCUUUCUUCCAUUACUGUUGGACAAUCGCCUCACGGCUCUGAAAUGGUUUUUGUGGUUGAUCGCUUGAAACAAGCACUGCAUGAUCGCAUUCUACCGUUGUCAAAUAAGCUAAUGAGUCCCUUUCAAGUGAACCAGGGAUUGUGGGUGCAGUAUCAGAUAUCUGUAGAUUUAGCUUCUGCUCAACAUCUGCUGGAAAUGGCGCAGGAAUUCAAUUUAACCUCAAAAAUUCUAAAAAGAAGACCUCCCUUUAGUAAUUGGCCUCUGAAACUCCCACAUUUUGAGGCAUUCUCUGCCAUGAUAUAG